AUGGAGUUCACCCCUGGUGGUGCGUCUCGAACACCACAAACCGUCAUCGACUUAAAUGGAGCUUCUACCCUGAAUGAUUUCGGUUUUUAUGAUUCCGGCAAUUAUGAUGUGAAUGCUGCGAUGACCCACCCGAAUAUCUCAGGUAGGAGUAUUAAAACUUUUGUUUUUUGGGCAACGCAAUCUUUAAGAAGUAUGAAUUAAUC